AUGACAUCGAAAGGCAACAACUCAUCCAAACGAUCAGCUGGAUCCUCGACGUCGUCGUCGUCGUCGUCGUCGUCGUCGUCGUCGGCAUUGGCAAAGCCCAAGGGCCAGGGUCGCCGCCGUCGUGGCGGCAGUGCCAGUAGCAGCGGCGCCAGCAGCAGCAGCAGCAGUAGCGAUAGCCGCUGCAGCACUCGAAGCUGCCUCGGUAACGUUAACUUUGCCAUCGAAUCGCCCAUACUCGGUAAACACUUCGAUAUUCCGGACUUGUACGGCGAUGUACCGACCAUUGAAUUGGACGAUACCUUGCCUUACGUUCCGGUUUACUGUCACCUCGUAGUACCUGAGAUUCAACCAGUAGUCAGGCCUCUGACACCUCCCAUUUUAAGAGCUCUGCGCGUUGAACUGGGUGAGUUCGUCCAUACAAAUAAAUCGACAAAAGGAAAAAUAGAGCAGAAAUCGAUCAAGAGUAACAAUCCUUCUCGGCAAUCCAGUAAAAUUUAAUAAUAUAGCAAAAUCAUGCCAAUGUUAGCUUUUGUAACAACUAU